UCAAAUAUCAUAACCAUCUACAAACACAAAGAUUAUAACAGUACUAGCAAUUCUUCAUAAUUUUCUCCUACUCCUUAUAUAUAUAAUUUGUCAUUGUAUAUCUAUAUAAUUCUGGUAAUCGUAUCGAUUUAAUUUGUAUCGAUAUUCGAGAUGGAUAGAAUAGGAGACUUGGCAUCAAAGAAGGCAGCAGUAAUAUUCACAAAGAGUUCAUGUUUUAUGUGUCAUAGUAUUAAAGCAUUAUUUUAUGAUAUUGGAGCAAGUCCAGCAAUUCAUGAACUUGAUCAAGAUCCAAAAGGGAAAGAAAUGGAGUGGGCAUUGAGAAGUUUAGGUUGUAACCCAUGUGUUCCCGCUGUUUUUAUUGGUGGGAAAUUUGUUGGAUCAUCUAAGGAUAUUAUAUCCUUACAAGUUGAUGGAUCACUCAAACAAAUGCUCAUUGAUGCCAAAGCUAUUUGGUUCUAAGUAAAAAACCAUUAUAGAAAUCAGUCAAUUUCGGAAGAAAACCAUCGGAAAAGCAUUCGUCUGAGUCGAACAGACUUUUGGUCGGAAAUCCAGCUAGAUUUCUGAUGGAUUGUCUGUCCGAAAUUGACUCCUUUCUAGUAGUGAAGAAAAAAAUAAGAGUAGUCCAGUGCACUAUGUUUUCCCUGUGCAUAGGCCCGGAGAAGGGCCGGACCAAAUUAGGUUUAUUAUAAGUUUUUGUACCAAAAACAACCUCUAGAUUCUUGGCUUGUACACAAACUUUUUUUCGUGUCAACUUCAACCCAGUGUGUUUUUCUUUUUUAAUUUUUCUUUGCUUUCUAAUCCUCUUUUCCUUUAAAAGGAAUGGGAGUUGAGGGAGAAAAGGAAGCCAUGUUUUGUCCAAAUGGCUGAUAAUGGAAAACUUUUCUCGACUUGUAAAAUUUUCUGUUUCAUCGAGUUCAACUUGUUUGAGACUGAA